UCACCGCUAAUUACUGCCGUGGUUGCUCUCAAGAAACUAGAGUCUGAGGCUUCAAGAAACACUGCUGGUUGGAAGUCUGGGGGCUUGAAAGCGGUCAUUUAUUUGAAAGCCCCACUCGCUUCUUUGUUGUUUGUGUUGCUCUAAACGGACGGUUGUCGAGGGAGAGGCACGUGCUGCGCGUGUACGAGCCCGUGUUCCACCACAGUUUGUGCGGAAACGCCGAUUCUCUGCGGGGCUGGACGCGCGCUGCGGUUCAUGCAGCCGUGGCCACAGCAACAGGCUGACGAGAGCGGCGGUGGAGGAGGAGGGGGAGAGUAAAACACGCUCGGCUUUGACUCUGACACCCGCGGAGCACACCCUCAGGGAGGCGAGCAGUAAAAGCUACUAUCAGAUAUAUUACAAAACGAUAAGGAGUGCAGCACAUUCCUCCCCUUGAGGCCCCACGUCUGCGCCGCACUCAAACGCUGACAAACCCUUUAUUGGCUCGGAGGAGACGGGAUGCGCUGCAGCUCGGGACGGGGUUGCGUCCGAAUGCUUUCACAGGAAAAGCACAAACGAGAGGGAAACCCGGACGGAGCCCACGCUGACAGUGAGCAGCGAAUGUACUGUAAACUCGUCACAGUCGCGUUACACACAACGCAGGGGGGGAAAACUCUACGUGACACAAGCAGAACAAUGACUCGGCAGCAACUACAGAAGGCAUUACUGAGAAAAAGUUCCCAUCACCACAGUGUAGUUCCCCACCGACACACACACGUAACACAGGUUCUACACACGCACACACGCAGCGCAGGCGCAUUAUCAUUCACUGCAGACGGCCCCGCUCUAAAUGCCUGCUCUAUUAUUGGGUUUUCGAUGGGACGGCCUGUCUCUCGCUGCAGACAUUAAUGGCAUUAGACGCUUCCUGAGCCCGUAAACACGCGGAGGACGAGCCCGAGCGACGGAGCAAAGCGACAGCGAAGAUGCCUCCGACGUCCUGAACAAAGGUUUAAUUUCCUGCCAGUGAAAUCUCAGAUAGACAGAAAGAUGUGAAGGAUAUUGAGGGGAUAGCAUCAACCAAUAAGAACAUUUCAAGGAGCCGAUGGCGCGCGCUGCUGUUGUUGAGGCUUGUUUAUUCACUGAGCAGCGGGCGUCUUCUUCAUGAAGGAAGCGGUCGGGGUCCUUGUGAUUCUACGCGAUCAUAGCAGCUCAGCCCGAUUCGUACUGUAACGACUCACAGAGUUACAUCAGACAGAGACUCUCUAACUGGUGUCAGGCGACGCGCGGAACCAUGAACAGCACCGUCGGCACAAACUCCACUCCACUCUGCGUGGAAAUCCACAAGAGCUCCAGCGACUUCCUGGCCUACGUCUACAUCCUGACUUUCGUACUGGGCCUGAUCUUCAACGUGCUCACCCUGGGCCCCAUCUGGCAGCAGGUCCGCAGGCAAAACGUCCUGGGCAUCUUCCUGCUGUGCCUGUCCGUCUCCGACAUGUGCUUCAUCUUCACCAUGCCGCUCUGGAUCAACUACUACUGGCAGAACCACCGGUGGAAGCUGGGCAGCGGGUCCUGCAACGUGGUGGGCUUCUUCUACUACUCCAACAUGUACAUCAGCAUCUUCCUGCUGUGCUGCAUCUCCGUGGACCGGUGCCUGGUGAUCACGCGGCCGCUCCGCUCCAAGGCCCACCGCACGUCGUGCUACGCGUGGGCGCAGUGCGCCGCGGUGUACGUCCUCGUGAUGCUGCUGCACGUCAUCGUGUUGUUCAACGAUAAUCUCACCGGCGCGCACGACGAGGUGAACAACAGCGACCGCUGCUACGAGACCUACCCCAUGGAGCGGCCCGUGGCUCUGUUCAACAUGCUCCGCGUGGGCCUGGGCUUCUUCCUGCCGCUGCUGGUGUUGGCGGUGAGCUACUGGAAGGUGCUGGCCACCGUGGGCCAGAGCCCCGGCCUGACGGCCCAGGUCAAGCGUAAGGUGCGCCUGCUGUCCUUCGGCGUGAUCGGGAUCUUCUCCGUCUGCUUCGCUCCCUACCACGUGCUGCUGCUGGCGCGCUCGCUGGUCUUCUACCGCAGCGACAGCACGGAGCCCCGGGGCGGCUACUGCCAGUUCGAGCAGAGCAUGCACCUGUUGUUCUCGUGCACGCUGGCGCUGUCCAGUCUGAACUGCGUGGUGGACCCCGUGCUGUACGUUAUGGUCAGUAACGGGGUCCAGGAGGACGUGAAGCUAUUCUUCAGGAGAGGCCAAAAGACAAUGACCCACAGCACUGUUGUAUCUGCAAACAAUAGAGGAAAUGCGCCUAAUAAUAAUAAUUUAAUAUGAAAAGUAAGACGUGUGUGGGCGGACUAGUGCACCUUUGUGUGUGUGUGUGUGUGUGUGUGUGUGUGUGUGUGUGUGUGUGUGUGUGUGUGUGUGUGUGUGUGUGUGUGUGUGUGUGUGUGUGUGUGUG